UGAACUCUUUAACGUUUCUUUUUCUUACCCCCAAAUAUUUCCUUUUAUCAGAAAGAGUGAGAAAGGGGUGGUCUGGUCCCCCCAAUUUACAAUUUCUCUUUAAUAUAGAAAUUUGUGCUUUGCUUUGUGGAGGAUUGGUGCUAACGUGGAUGCACCUAAAAGGGCGCAAUAAUGAACACCAAAACGAUGCGUCUCCCGCCCCGUCGUGUUUCCAUGCCCACCAACGUCAAGCGAAAAGAGAGAGACGAUUUUGACCUCAAACACAUAAACCGUCUCCUGGCCGGAUACCUGGCCCACGAGUUCCUCACUCGUGAAACACUGUUUGGCCAACCGUUUGACCCAGCCCGACCGCAACAAACUGAUUCCGGGAGGGGAACCGGAGAAGACGCCAAGGCAGGCAAGAGAUCCAGAGCGGAGGAUGUGGAGCCGAAGCCGAGGGAGGAGAAUCAUCGAAGGUACGUGGAAGUGGCGAGCUUGCUCAAGACCGAUGGAGCCCAUAUACCUGGCAUCGUAAACCCGAGUCAACUCGCUCGUCUUCUACAGAUGUGAGGUUGUUUCCAUUUUUUUCAGAAGUCGAGACAACUCAUUUGGGCAUCAUCGUUUUCCUUCUCUGGUGCUGUAAGUAGCCUUAGCUUUUGCUCAACAGUUUUCCU